AUGGAUAAUAAUGUACCCGUACAGGCAAUGGACUGGAAGAACACCAAGGAAGCUGUUUCAAACUUUCGACGCCUGCUGCUUUGCUCAAAAUGCUUGGAUAUAAUGACAGAACCUGUGUGUCUAGGAAUGUGCGAACAUUUGCUGUGCAGGCCCUGUGCUGGCUCCCGGGUAGGAGAUGGCUGCGUGGUUUGUCACAGUCCUGCCUGGGUGAAAGACAUUCAAAUCAACAGGCAGCUCAGCAGCAUCACACAGCUCUUCUGUGGUUUGGAGUCCCUGCUGAAUCCCAAAGAACAGUCAGGCUCCCCUCUAGCUGAGAUUCAAGCACAAACUGAGAACUCUGUCAUUAAGCACAAGAAGAAUUUUAAGAUCUGGUUAAGCCCCCGUAGCCGAAAGGUACGUUGCGUGGUGGAGAAGCCUUCAGAGGUCACUGUACCAGACAGCAGGUCUUCUGGAGAAACAGCUGCAGCACAGCCAGAUGCUGUAGCCGCUCAAUGCAAGGACCUGUCAGUUUUUAAUUUCACGUCAUCCUCCCAAGACUCUGGCUCUGACUCUUGUUCUCAGAAAUGCCACACUAACAACAGAAACAAGAAGAACACAUUAAUCAAGAAGAAUGCUGCCAACAGGAAGGCAUCAAAACAAGGAACCACCAGGACCACACAAAAACAGACCAAGAAGAAGAUGCUGGAGGCCAUAAACCAGCAAUGGGGCAUUACUGAUGGUAUACAUGCCUUAACAGAGCAGGAACAGCCCUGUGCUGAAGGGGCAAGGAGGUCUAGUAAAAGGGUUUCCUUCCUAAACCCUGCUGUCACAUCUGACGAGCCUCAGCUUGAAGUGUCAAAGGGUAGUCCUAAUGAACUCUGCCUCAGCUCUGGCAGGAGCAACAUGAGGGACAGUCCCUCAGGAGGCAGCAUCAUUGUACUCAAUAACCAAGCCCAGCUUUGUGAGAACAUGUCAAACAGUGUCAUUCAGCAUGACACGCUGUCUGCAAACGACCCCAUCAUGACGGCUGAUCUUGAGAAACAGGACAAUGAAUCUCCCCGCUCCUCAAAACGAUCAAGAGUGGAGGAGAAGGUCAUCACCUUGGAGACUACACCAAAAAGGCCCAGGGUCUCCCCGGGUCGGAGGAGAAAAUCACCUGGUCAGAAGUCUCCGGCUGUCCUUAACCCUCGAUCUUUGAUUAGUCCUAGGCGUGAAAAGAAUGCCAUCACCCCCAGAAAAGAGCAGGAAGAGAGCCCCUCUGACCCAGCUAUCGCAGGUAGAAAAUCUCCCUCUACUCCAACGUCAGUUGGCAGGCCCACCACAGGAAGCCCUGCAGUUAUGAAAAGGAACCACAAGGGAGAGACCCCACUGCAUCUAGCUGCUAUAAAGGGAGAUGUAGAGGCUGUCAAGGAACUACUGGACCAGGGGGCUGACCCCAACCUGAAGGAUAACGCUGGGUGGACACCUCUGCAUGAGGCGUGUAAUCUGGGUCACCUGGGAGUUGCAGAGGUGUUGGUCUCAAGGGGAGCCCUCUUAAAUACACCUGGCUAUGAAAAUGACUCUCCGCUUCAUGAUGCUGUGAGGAACAGACACCCAGCCAUCGCCAAAUUACUCCUGCAGCUUGGAGCCUUGCAGAACGUACUUAAUCUGCAUGGUAAGCGGCCUGCAGAUUACGCAGUGAGUCCAGAGAUGCUGGAGAUUUUCCAGGAAGCCUCAGAAGGAACCCGAAAUGAUAAAACUUCACUUAGCCCCUCAGCCGGGCUCUCUGUGGGGAACGAUUGUGUGAGGAGGGAUGAAAGUAUCGUGCUUCUGACCAGCAAGCUGUCACAGGAAAAACAGCAUCAACUGGUCAAACUGGGACAGCUACUGGGAGGGAGGAUGACGGACACCUUUUCUGGCUCAGUGAGCCAUGUCGUGGUGCCAGAAGGACCCAUGCCCACCACCUACUCAAGCCUUCUGGGUCUCCUUGCUGGCUGCUGGAUUGUCAAAUACAGCUGGGUGGUGGCAUGUCUGCAGGCAAGCAAGUGGAUCCCCGAAACUGAGCACGAAGCAGGAGAAGGGCCCCAGCGAAGUCGCAUCAACAGAUGUAGCUUGCUUCCACCACUCUUCGACGGCUGUUUCUUCUUCCUCCUGGGAACCUUUAACAUGCCUACCAAAGACGAGCUCACCAAGCUGCUCCGGGAGGGAGGUGGUAAACUACUGAGCCGGCAGCCUAAGCCUGACAGUGAUGUGACUCAAACCCUUAAUGCUGCAGCCUAUCAUGCCCUCCCAGGAUCUGACCAGGCCCUCUGCACCCAAUACAUCAUCUUUGACCCCCAGGGCCCUCACAAGCCGGCAGUGGUUAGGCGUGGCAAGGUAUGGUCAGCUCCCUCCACCUGGCUCAUAGACUGCAUCGCAGCCUUCUGCCUCCUCCCUGUGCCAGACCCUCAAACAUUGAUUUAA